AGGAUGCAAAAUAUCCACCAUUCACCACAGUAAUACAACUGUUAUUCAGUACUGUCAUACCUGACACACAUACAGGUGCAUCAUCAGGGGAUUAAACUGCGGAGACCUGAAAGAGUUUGGUCAUUUACGUGGAACCCUGACGGCACCAACAUGGAGAUGGAGGAAAUCUAUGAGAAUAUUGACGAGGUCAGUUUCGAGAGCUCCAAACCUUCAGUGAAUGAGAAAGCUCUUCAGGUCUCAAACAGGGGCUUACAUGGAGCUGUUAUCUUGCUGGGGUUGUUCUGUGGUUUUCUGAUGGUUGGACUCAUCAGCCUCGGAGUCCACUCUGCAGGACUGUCUUCUGCUAAAGCCAAUCUGACUAAAAGUCUCCAGAUCAGUGACAACAAAAUACUUUCUCUGAUUAACCAUCUUGGGGCCAGUUACAUCCAAAUAUCGAACCUGACUGAAGGCCGAGCCCGACUCAACAUCACACUCAAUAAUGUGAGACAGGAGCUGGAGAGGCUGAGGGCAGAGAAACCAUGUGGUAAAGGAUGGAAGCGGUUCGGUGGCAGCUGUUACUUCCUUUCCAAUGACAUUGCGUCCUGGAAAACUGGAAGAAACUACUGCAGAAACAGUGGAGGAGAUCUGGUGAUUGUAAACAGUAAAGAAGAACAGAAAUUCAUUGCGGGGUUCAAGCGAGGCUCAUGGAUUGGCUUGUCAGAUCAAGAAAAGGAGGGAAUCUGGAAAUGGGUUGAUGGAUCUCCACUCACUCUGUCGUUCUGGACUCCAGGGCAGCCUAACAACGGUGCCAAUAAACCUGUAUUGGGUCAACAGAACUGUGGUGAGAUCUUUUCCAAAGGCACAUGGAAUGAUGUGAGCUGCAACAACGAACUGCACUGGAUCUGUGAAAAAGACAACUAAAGUGAAUCUGGAGCUUUAAACCGAUGACUGCACAACUGCUCUGACAUAUGCAAAAUUAGGUUAGAAUAAGAUCAAUGAAACUGGAAUGGCAAAUCUAUAAAUAAAACACAGGGUGUCCACUAAGAAAGUCUCUAUAAUUUAAAAAAAUAUAUUAUAAAAGUAAUUGAUUAGAUAUGUUAAUCAGAUUUGUUCUGUGUACUUAGUGGAUAUCACAGUUUAAAUCACAUUGUGGGAUUGUGUGCAAUCAAAUCACUGGUCCAUUUUUCUUCAGAGAGAUCAGUUACUGCAAAUAUUUACUUUAACUUUUUAACUGAAUAUAUGGUGCCACAACUGGAGGACCUUCAACCAACCAACAGAGCAAAAGAGGACAUUUGGUCACCCUAGUUUAUCUCAUCUUCAUCUCAUCGUCCUCAUCCUCUUUCCCUAAGUAGAGCGUGAAACCAGUGAUAAAUAAGGAAGUGGAAACAGUCCACUCACCCUUUUUCUGUUUGCUGUAUUUUUGCAGUUUGCAAUUCAAAUAAAAAGGAAAAAAGGACCAACAAGUCUUACAAUACCCCACAUAUUCCAAUGCAAAUCUAAUAAAAUAUAAACAUGAAAUUCAACAGAAAUGCAGUGACUGAAACAUCAACACAUGAACUUUGCACAAACAUUUAAAUCCUCUUUUCCAAAUUCAAAUUAAACGGGAAGAUUUGCUGACGGCAUAAUGCAAAUAUGAUGCAAAGAAACCCAAAAACAAAACACAAAAUUCUGGUCAACAGCAACUGAAACAACAACACAUGAACUGUGCAUAUACAUCAGAGGUGUCAAACAUGAGGCCCAGAGGCCAAAUGCAGCCCGCCAAAGGUUCCAAUCCAGCCUGUGGGAUGAAUUUAUGAAAUGCAAAAAUUACACGUAAGAUAUUCAUUAAAAUGUUACUUCAGGUUCCACGUACAGAUCAGUAAAAUAUGAUCAUAAAUAUCAUAAAUAUUUGAAGUUAAACAUUUUUAGCUACAUUUACCCACUGAAAUAACACUGACUAAAGAAUUUAUUCAAUAUUUUAUUAAUAGACUAUUUUAAUAAUUAAGAUAUACUGAUGACUGAAACAUGAAAUUGAAAUAAAUACAUAAGUUUUAAACUAUUGUAAUUAUGAGUUAAAGUUAGUUGUGUCUUGUAUGUAAUGUAAAUGUUCUAUAUUGUGUGUGCACCUGCCCGGGGGCCACAGAUGAAAGUAGCUUGUAGCUAAUUCUGGUGCAAAGCACCUCUUCUCUUUGAGACUGAUGUAUUUGUACAGU